GUCGAGGAGGGAGGAGGAGCAGCAGCGGAGGGGGGUGGAGAAGGAGCUUGAGGCAAUGGCGGGCGUGAGUUUGGAGUUCGUGGCCUCGGCCGGUGCCAGCGACCCCCAAGAGCGACCCGUGGUCUUCCUGGGGCAACUUCAGAACCUGCAGAAGCUGGCGUGGGCUCAGAUACGUGGCAAGCUCGAGCCUCGCGUUCCCGAGGAGACGUGGCAGGCGGCGCUCAGCUCCCUGAACCCGAAUCCCAGCGACUCGUGCUCACUGUGGCUCAACAACGCUACCGUGGCGGCCCUGCCGUCGCGCGUCAGCCGGCACAACUCCCCGUCCGCCGCCACCUUCAUCCCUCGCCUGCUCCGCUCGGGGCUCCCCGGGGGGGUCUCGCAGUGCGUCGUGGUGGUGUGCGAGCGUGCCGAUGUGCUGGCCUGCUGUGGCGCCGUCUCCCGCACGUUCCCUCUCUUCUCGCGCCGCUCGGUAGUGACUCGACGUGCAGAGAAGCGCUCUGUCUCCGUCGAGUUCAUCCUCGUUGGACUCAACAAUGGUCCCCUUGACACGGGUGCCCUACAGUGCCUGACAAGCCUGGCAGAGGGAGUGCGUCUCGCCGCGCGGAUCGUCGACAUGCCCUGCAGCGAGAUGAACACCGACCACUUCCUGGAGGAAAUCGCGGUGGUUGGCAAGGAGCUGGGAUUGACACCGACUGUGAUCCGCGGAGAGGAACUCAAGGAGCGCGGGUUCGGAGGCAUCUACGGCGUGGGCAAGGCGGCAUGCAACCCGCCGGCGCUGGCCGUGCUGAGCCACAAGCCCGAGGGGGCGACGCAGACGAUCGCCUGGGUGGGCAAGGGCAUUGUGUACGACACGGGCGGGCUCAGCAUGAAGGGCAAGACUGCCAUGCCCGGCAUGAAGCGGGACUGCGGUGGGGCAGCCGCGGUGCUGGGCGCGUUCAGAGCGGCCGUCAAGCAGGGCUUCUGCGAGAACCUGCACGCCGUCUUCUGCUUGGCGGAAAAUGCGGUGGGGCCCAACGCCACUCGGCCAGACGACAUCCACCGCCUCUACUCGGGAAAGACGGUCGAGAUUAACAACACGGAUGCGGAGGGCCGCCUCGUGCUCUCGGAUGGCGUGGUGUUUGCUUCCCGCGACCUCGAGGCCGACAUCAUCCUGGACAUGGCCACACUGACCGGGGCACAGGGCAUCGCCACGGGGAAGCACCACGCGGCAGUGCUCACCAACCGCGCUGAGUGGGAGCUGGCGUGCUGCGUCGCGGGCCGGCGCAGUGGAGACCUGGCCCACCCGCUCGUCUACUGCCCCGAGCUGCACUUCAGCGAGUUCUCCUCCUCCGUCGCAGACAUGAAAAACUCCGUCGCGGACCGGGGCAAUGCCCAGAGCUCGUGCGCUGGCCUGUUCAUCGCGGCGCACCUCGGCUUCGACUGGCCGGGUGUGUGGGUGCACGUGGACAUCGCGUCUCCCGUGCAUGUGGGCGAACGUGCCACGGGAUUUGGCGUGGCGCUGCUGCUCUCGCUGUUUGGCAGCGCCUCCGAUGACCCCCUGCUGCAGCUCGCGUCUCCCCUCGGUGCCGAGCAACCGGGGCAGACGCCACCGCCCCCCUCUUCUGCCAACGCUGCAGCCACCAACCAAUCCAAGCGACGCCGCCUCAUCUAAGACUCGGCGCACUCGUCCGUUUAGUCUUCCGGAAGCCCCUGCGUCUUGACUUUGUCUUUCGCGACAUUGUAAACGCGUCUGUUCCGCCACGACCUACGCAGUAUUCACCACUUGCUCCUUCUUGUGAUUCCACAAAUAUAAUCCCGCAAUGCGGUGGUGCCUUCUUCUAAAACGCUUUUGAUUGUUUCGGUUGAGAAAAUUAUGAUUUGUUUUUGAUGGAAUGUCUUCCGGGCCAUCUCGGAGCGCCUCUGCACGCGAUAAGCGACUUGCAUCACAUCUCAUCUCGAACAUACGAAGGGCGCCGCCUUUGGCAGCUGUCCCUUGGUGGCAUUAAGUGGCUCAGCACCUGACUGACAAGCGGUCAUUUGGUGGCCAGUUUGGGGCCAAUGAUUGUCCUCUCAAUUGAGUAAUAUGAGUCAUCCGAAUUUGCGGGUAAUUCGCUUUCGGCAAAUUUGGACAAUGACGCCGGCACGCAAUGGCCUACUUGUUUCAAGACCCAGAAUAUCAUUUUGCGUUGCCGUUUUGAGAUUGACCCCCAUUUGAGGAGUAUCCCAUAAUCAUCGAGAGGUGCGACCCCCCCCCCCCCCCCCCCCCGUGGUUGCUGUGCCACGGCCCUCAAGGGUCAAACGUCAAUCCGCUGCCCAGCGUUUGAGAUCCAUGUGUGAUAAGCAUAUUUAGCGCGGACGAUCGAGUGGUUCGUGAUGACGCCGAGACAUCUUCGUCGUGACAAUCGGGAGACGGUGAUUGCAAAUUGCGUCAGACAGCGGUAGUCGCCACCCCCCCCCCCCCCGUUCAACGUGAAGCAGCAGCCGUUGUGUUUUGCCGUUUGCAACCGCGUGUGUCGGCGGGCACGAUGGUCCAGAACGCGGACCGAAAUUUCGGGACGUCGUGCCGAAACACCACGCGGUAAGAACCCGACGACGCCUCGGGAGAGCUGUACGGAACAAUCCGCGAAAACUUAACCCAGUAUUCAUCGACGGUGAAACGGCGAUACCAUGCGUAACGUUGCCGUUAUUACUGCUGCAUGUUAAAGUUUACUGCCGCAAUGUUGAACAAUGUUAAAGAAUUCUAGAUUUGAAGCUUUCGUGACUGCAAGGAUUCAUAUUCUUGUGUUUUUUUCGGUAAAGUCACGUAGGUAAAAAAUUACAACUAAAAUUAGUAAAAUAAAAAAGUAAGCUAUCGUGCUGUGAAGUAAAAUAAAAAUCACGACGUUUCGGAGGCAA